CAUUGUACGUGUGCUUUGUACAUCACACUGUGCAAAUUGAGGAAUAUUUCAAGUUUAACACCAUAUAGGCAUAGGAAACCCAAGAUGGCUGCAAGUACAGAUUCAGUUUUUGCUUCAGUCAUCCAAGGUCAUCUGGAAUGCUCCAUCUGCCACGCCCGUUACCAAGAACCCAAGAUGCUGGACUGCUCCCACAGUUUCUGCCUCGGAUGCCUCCAAGAACUCAAGCUGAGCCAACAACCAGAUGAUGACAGGAUGAUAUGUCCGCUUUGUCAGAUGGAAACUAUGUUGCCCGAAGGUGGAGUGGCAAAGUUAACUGACAAUGGAACGCUGCUCAGCCUGAUAGAGGACAUAAUCAAACAAGAACAGAUCUUGCUCCGUCAAGGGUCAAAGGUUAGUUGUCAGGCAUGUGACGAAGAAAGUGAGGCUAUUUCUCGAUGUUUGGACUGUGAGCAAUAUCUUUGUAAGGAGUGCCAGAAGGCGCAUCAACGUUGGGCUGCUUUGAGGGCUCACAAUAUUACACCCUGCCAGGGUGAGUUUGACGCCGAGAAGGACUCAAAGAUGAACAUUUCUAAGUGUGGGAUCCAUCCAAAUCACGAACUAAAUUCCUACUGUGUCUCAUGUGAGAUGCUGAUUUGCAAAAUUUGUGCUUCCUCUAGUCACGAAGAACCCAUGCAUACACCUGUCAAUUUCAGUGAUGCAAUCGAGAUCUUUCUUCAAGAGGCCAAUGAUGAAAAUUCGCAAAGGAACGGCAAUGAUGAAAGAGUCGAGCUUUCAGAAUGCUGCACACCUUUGCGGAGCAGAUUGGCUGUCAAGCUUGCUGCAACAAACAAGCAAAUUUCUCAAAAUGCAGAAAAGAAAAUCCGACAAAUCAGACGGCAGGAAUUGCAACUGAAGCAAAUGGCUCAAGCGAAGUACAGACAAAAAGAUAAGAGACUUGCUGAAAUGGCAUUUGCAACGCAGACCCUGAAGAUGGUUUGCAGUGAGAUGACCCAUGAAAACUGCUUCAGGAUCUUAAAGCUGAGACAAGAACUUCUGCAUGACUACAGAGACGUGGCCAAAACAGAGACAGGGGCACUGAAUCACGACCUCUCGUUUAUUGGUUUCAGAGACACUGACAAAAAAGUUGAAUUGGGUACCAUUCUGGUGGAGGAAAAGUGGGAAAGACUGCAUCAAUCAUGGGCCAAGGGGCGUGCUAUCGCAGCGUUUUCCACUGGCGACAUGCUGGUGGUCAACACAACGCAACGGAAUUUCACUGAGUUGAGUUCUGAAGGUGCAGUUCUAAAUGUCCUCACUGUUAGUCAGCUUGAAGGUUGUGACGAGGACCCCAACGUCAUGAAACAUCCAACAGGCCUGGCUGUCGACAAGGAUGACCACUUUCACGUCUUGAUUGACUCCGAAAUCAACAUCUUCAACAGGGACUACCAACUCAUUCAACAAUUCACGGCAGGUGACUUUGACGAGGAAUCGGAUGACAGCAAGCCAACAUGCAUUGCGUUGGAUGACAGUUUGAUAGCAGUUGGCUUUGAGGACAAGGAGCAGAUAUCUCUACACAACACGGAUGGGUCUCUCAUCAGAACAGUGCCUGCUCCGAUGAUUGCCAAAGCCUUGACCAUCAGCAACAAGCGUCUCCUCUACACCAGUUACAAGGAAGAGAAGAUCAUCUGCAUUGAUUUCGAGGGCAACAACAUAUUUACGGUAAACAUGGCUGAGAACGUUGGACCUCUUGGAGUGCGUUGUGAUCAAGCCGGUGACAUCUAUGUCCUCGUUUUAGUGUGUGACGAGGAAGAAACCCAACUCCAUCAUUACAAUUCAGACGGCAAGUUUAUUGAAUCACUGAUUACUGGCCUGGACGGUCAUGUUGACCUGACUUUCACCCAUGAUGGCAAGAUAGCCAUGUGUGGCAGUGUUAAAACACAAAUUUGGCAUUGAGUGUCAAAAGCGAAAUCCAGUGGAUUGUAAAAUGACGUGGUCACUUUUCCCAACAGGUAUGAUAUCGAUCAAUAUUAGGUUUUUCCCUUCACCGACGUAUGCUCAGUGUGUUACCUCCCGAGUGAAAGUUGGAAAAAUCACUCGGGUGGGACUCACGACUUCCUGCUUUUUAGUGCAGAUGAUUUACCACCAGCGAGCUUGUGGGAUCAGUUGGCUGGUUCAGAUCUGAUGUGCACAUAGCAGUGGCACCGCAAUUAAACUAUUCAUAUGAUUUGUGUCGGGGUGAUGUAAAUCAAUAUAAGGUCUUGCCCUUCACCCACUUGUAAAUGGGUUCGAGUCCCACCCGUGUGAUUUUUUCCAACUUUCACUCGGGAGGUAACAAAAUGA